AUGGGUGUUGUCGGAAAAGGGUUACAACUCUCGGAGCAGAGAUGGCUGAGUCUCAGCAGAGCCAGGAGACCAACGCAGAGGCCACUCUCUGCCCUGAAGCUGACUCUGUUUCGAGGAUGGCCACGAUCAGACUGCACUAGGAAUACCCCAGUGAAUGAAGUGCCAGAGAAUGAAGCUCCUUCUCCCACACACGUCAUAGUCACAAUAUUUUUCAUUGACUUAGCCAACAAGCAACUGCAAACUAUUGCUGGGAUCUUGAGUCUAGAAUAUCUGGAAGAGCUGCACAUGGAAAAGAACCCAACUGCAAGCAUCCCCAGAGACAUCAAUCACCUGAGGCACAUGAAGAUCCUCUACUUGGAUCAGAAUCACAUACAGGACACAUGUGAAGAACUGGGGGAGUUGAAAUGUUUUCUGAGCUCAGAUUUAGGUAACAACCUCCUCCCUUGUAGUUUGCUGCUAGUUAUCAGCAAGUUGCAGUUCUUUUGUCAGCUUAGGCUCCAUAAAACAAACUUGCACGAAAUCCCAGUGCAGAUCUGUGAAUACCUCCAUCAUGUUGAACUGGUUGGCCUUUCUCACAAUAAUCUCAAGUGUCUGCCUAAAGAAACAGUGAACCUGACAAAACUCCAGGAAAUUUACCUCAGAAAAAACAGAUUUAAAAGUUUUCCCAAGGAACUUUGUCAUAUUGCUAAUUUAGAAACAAUAGAUCUGGAAAAAAAUCAAAUCAGUCUUAUUCCAGAAGAGGCAGGCUUUUUGGUAAACUUAGUUAAGGUAUUUUUAGCUUUUAAUAACUUACCCUCCAUUCCUUCUACGCUGCAACACUGCCAGAGGCUGGCUGUGCUGGAUCUGUCUCAUAAUCUCCUGCACAAGCUUCCCCCAGGUUUGAAGCAUCUCACUGAAAUGAGAGUACUCAGACUGCCUGUCAACAGCCUGGAGCAGUUCCCACACCAGAUCUGCUGCCGGCCGUCCCUUGCCCGCGUUUAUCUGAGGAACACCGAACUGCGCACAGUACCUGUGUCCUUCACCAGUGAGGAUCUGAAUGAAAAUUACUUUGAUAAGAUACCUAAAGGAAUAUCCACUCGAAAAAAGCUGGAAGUCUUGGCCCUGGAUGGCAAUCAGAUGCAGGAGAUACCUGUGGAGGCGAAAGAACUGACAAAUUUGAAAUGCCUUAGACUGUCUGAAAACCAAUUCAGUAUCUUUCCAAACGAAAUCUUUCUCCUGGAGUCAUUAGAGAGAUUAUACCGACAAGAUGAAGGAAUUAAAUUCACCAGUCUGCCAGAAGACACCAGCAAAUUGCAGUUACAUCCACAUAUUUUCUGUAAUCUGAAAGAACUGCAUAUGGAGAAUAGUUGUCUGGAGUACCCGCCCACAGCCAUCAGCUCAUUGGCUCACUUGAAAAUACUUGACUUUUGCCACAACCUCGUUGAACCUCCAGGCUCUGUAGGCCAAAUACAAGGGCUGCAAAAACUGUUCAUUCAGAACACUGACCUGUCCCAGAUGCCCAAGGAUCUGGACAGCCUUCAGCAAAUGGAGCUGGUCCUUGUGGAUGGAAACCCUAUGACAGACCCUCUGACUGAAGUGUGCUGUCAGGGGACAUCUGCCAUCUGGGAACACUUACAGGAAAAAGGGCAUAAAAAGGCCAUGAACUUAAAGAUUCAAAGUUUGUGGCGUGGGCUGAUGAACCAGAAGGGGACUGGACCUUUCUUAACACUUAAGAAUCUAACAAAAAAAAGAAAGAAGGAAAAGAAAGGAAAAGGGAAGUGAAAAGAGAAGCCUGUAAAAGGAUCAAGAGCUAAAAAGUGCUAUUUAGACAGCAAACUGCACAGAGCUCUUUUCAUUUACAAGAAAGGCAAAUGUGAGCAGAGAUAA